UAAUUUUAUAUUACUUUUUAGUUUGAUACUAAGUAUUAAACAUAUUUCUGUAUUCUUCCACAUAUUUUCUGCAGUUAUUUUAACUCAGUAUAGGAGCUGGAGGAAGAGAUUUCCCAACUCUGCGCCCGGCUUAGAGCACUACUGUAACUUCCAAGGGAGCGCUGGGAGCAGCGGGAUCAGGUUUUCCGGCUCCCCGGCCUGGGUGGCAGGGAAGAAUGUGCCGGGAUCCACCUCAGGGAUCUUUGACUCUCUUUACUGCCUGGCUGGCUAGCAGCUCCGAGGGGUGGAGUUACAGAGAUUUUGAGUUCUCAGGCUAGACGGUGGCAUUGCACCCCCUGUGGCAAUGAGGUGGCUGAAAGGCUGGGCUUGUCGGUGGGGCAGCGGGUGCUCGCGCUGGAGGGGUUGCCAGCAGCCGUUGGGACGCGACACUGGUUCCCAGGGGAGAGCCAGCCGCUGCUGCGGCCCUGGUUCGGACGGCCAGGCCCUAGGGACCCACCAUGGAUCCUGGAGACGCCAAACCUGGGUCGCCCGAGGCACCUUCAGGGAACCUGAAACAACCAAAGACUGCCACAGCCCUGCCAAGUAGCGGCAGCGUAGUGAGUUCUGUACCCAAGGCACAGCGCAACGCCUCAGCGAAGACCGCAUCCGGGAAGCACCCUGCAGCCUCAGUUCGCACUGCCAAGUCCGCAGCCACCGCACGUCCCCAAGGCAGUGAGGGCACCGCACCCUCAAAGAAAGCCACCACACGCCCACCCCCAACGCCCACACUCCCACCCCCAACACCCACACUCCCACCCCCAACGCCCUCUGCACACACUGAAUCCAAACUCUUAAAUGAGACGGCGAUCAAAGAGCGUGCGGAGGGCCGAGCCAAAGUCCCGUACGAAUUCAGGGACAGCCUCAAGCGUUUUUCCUUCUCGCCCACUGGAGUAUUGAAGAUCCUGAGAAUGAGUCUUAUCAUAGGAGCAUUAGCUUGUUUCAUCAUCGCCCAAGCCAAUGAGUCAUUUAUAACAAUCACAAUUCUGGAAAUCUUCAUCGUCCUUUUUUUUAUUCUAAUAUAUAUGCUAACCCUUCACCACUUGCUGACCUGUUUACAUUGGCCCUUACUUGAUCUUACCAACAGUAUCAUUACAGCUGUGUUCCUUUCAGUAGUUGCCAUCUUGGCCAUGCAAGAAAAGAAAAGAAGGCAUUUAUUCUAUGUUGGAGGGUCCCUGUGUCUCACAGCGGUAAUCGUGUGUUGCAUCGAUGCGUUUGUGGUCACCAAGAUGAUGAGGACUAACUUGAAAAGAUUUCUGGGAAUCGAAUUUGAAAGCAAGUUUUCCUCCGCCAAGGACGCCUACCCCGAAACCGGCCCCGACGCCCCGCAGAGGCCCGCCUGAAGCCAGCCCCGCGCCCUAGCAGAUGCACGUGUCUGUCCAAUCUCUGCCUCCGAGCCCACCCCCGAGCUCGCGUGCUGUCACCCAUUCCGGCCUAAAUGUGACCAUAAAAUUAGGGCUACUGCGUUUAUUGAGAACACCUGCUUCCUCUCUUUGCCUUGUGUAAAAGUCGUGUUGUAUUUUCCUGCG